CAUUUUAAAAAAUUGAAUAAAAAGUGUUGUAAUAUAUAACAUAAGAAGUAAUUUAAAAAAGAAAAUUAAAAAUAUAGUUGAUUGACUUAGGAUAUGAGCUACACCGAAUCGUUGUGGGAAAUAAACGGAAAUCAAGCACCAAUUAUAUCAAGCGAGAUGUCACAGUACGUAGGAAGUGAAAUGGCGUCUUAUCCAAUGUGGGAUAGUUCAGUUCUUUAUCAAACACCACCUCCUUCUCAUUCUCAUGUUAACGAUCACGUUAAUGGAUUUUACCGACAACCAUGUGCACUUCUCCAUCAAAGUCGAUACACUUCGAACACGCGAAUCCCCAACCAGCCCUCCUCGACAACAAAAAAACCACGAAGAAGAGUAGCAUCAGUAUCACAAAGAAGAGCUGCUAAUAUCCGAGAAAGACGAAGGAUGUUUAACCUGAAUGAAGCAUUUGAUAAAUUACGUAAAAAGGUUCCUACAUUUGCAUAUGAGAAGAGACUUUCAAGAAUUGAAACGCUAAGAUUAGCCAUUACUUACAUUGCUUUCAUGGGUGAACUGUUAGGAAUUGAACCAGCUACCACAAAAACUGAAUACAUUCCACGUGAAUAUUAUUUACCGAACUAAAGACUGCCCGCUGUUUAUUUAAAAAAUAUUCUUUAAAAUAUAUCAAAAAUAUAAGAUAAAAUCAAAUCAAGUCUUCCAAAUGCAUUUUAAAGCAGACAAUAAUAGAAUAGUAGUUAUAUUUUUAAUUUAAUUAUGUACAUGUGUAAAUGUCCUUGUUUUCUUUUAUGUUGUUAUAAUUAAAUAUUUUAAUGCAUUGUGAGUAAUCAGUAUU